CUAGUCAGUAGUUUCGGUUCUCAAACAAAACAACUUAGCAGUGAAAAUGUUUGUUAAGAUUGUAGUAAUUCAUGCAAUUAUAACUAUUGUUGAAAUUUACUUAAAACUUAAUUCUUAAUUAGAUUGAAAAUGAUGUUUCUUCAUGAUGUUUAAUAUUAUCAGUAACACAUUACCACUACGCCAUAAAUAUUUUCUGUGUGAAGUGAGAGAUAGAAUAGAACCACUCCUUAAAGGCUGACCGGCAUAGUUUAUUACAGCCCAUUAUCAAUAAUAACAAUAGUUACUGAUUUAAAUAUUAAUUAUAUAACAAAUAAAAAAUGGAGUUCCUUUUAUGUUUGGAGUUUUUGGUUGCAUUUCUUAUAAGACUUUGGCUUAGUUUGUCAGACUACAAACAGGUUAUAUCUGAUAGAGUGGAAAUUUCCACACCUCUCAAUUCGUGGAAAAGAGUAACAGAAGGAGUGAUGCUGUACAAUGAGGGGACAGAUCCGUACAUCGGAGACAUGUUUCAUGAAACUCCACUGGGACUGGUUAUCUUUCACUGGAUGAUUGUAAAUAUUCCUCGAUGGCUGCAUUUGGUGUUCAUAUGUUGUGACUUGAUUACCGGCUAUUUACUGUAUAAGGCAGCUAAGAAGUGCAUGGCUGACUUGCUGGUGCGCCAAAGCAAAGACCAGCACAAGUAUGCUCCUGGUGUGGAGAAGCUGUUGUUAGUUGAGGAAGAGUUACGUAUGGCUCCUAUAUACGUUGUGUCUGCAUAUCUCUUCAACCCCUACACAAUACUGAGCUGUGCUGCCCAGACAACCACUGUCUUUGCGAACCUCUGUCUUGGAAUCUUUUACUACACAAUGUUGCACGAUUGCACUUGUAGUCGAGACAAAGCAACCCAAUUGUUUGUGGGCUAUCCCUGGCCCUGUCAACACUACAGUCACUGUAACCCGGUCACGCUGUUGGUGCCUGCUUGUAUCUUGACAGCACAAUCCCACCCAUCAAACAUGUCAGGACAUGUCCUGCUGCUAGUUGCGUUGUUUCUAGCACCUCUGCUGGGAUUGCUGUAUCUUUGCCACUGCAUCAAUGACAGCUGGGCAUUCCUCUAUGCCACAUAUGGGUUUAUCCUGAACAUCCCAGACUUGCGUCCCAAUGUCGGGCUCUUCUGGUACUUCUUCACAGAGAUGUUUGAACACUUCCGGGCACUGUUCAUCUGCGCAUUCCAGUUAAAUGCGGGUCUGCUGUAUGUGGCACCGCUGUCACUGCGGAUGUACCGAGAACCUGUACUUCUGGCUGCCAGCCUCACAGCACUAACUGCUGUGUUCCGGUCGUACCCCAGCGUCGGAGAUGUAGGCUUCUACCUUGCCCUGCUGCCGAUGUGGAAACAUCUCUUCCAUUAUAUGCAGCAAGGGUUCGUGGUCGGCUGUUUCUUCCUGGUGACGUCUGUCCUAGCGCCUGUUCUCUGGCAUCUAUGGAUCUAUAGUCGCUCUGCAAAUGCUAACUUCUACUUUGGUGUCACUCUGGCGUUUGCCACUGCUCAGAUAUUCUUAAUAACGGACAUCCUGUUUGCCUACAUCAAGCGAGAGUUUGCCCUGAGGAACGGGCUGAAGAGAGUUAUCGACGGGGAGGAGGCUAAGCUUGUCCUCGAGUGAACCACCAACAGACUACAAGGCUGAGAUGAUCGCCAGACCAAAGUGUUCAGUGCCAAGGCACACUAGUUUACGUUUUAUAAGUGUAAGAACUUGCUUCAUUAAUGUGAAACAAUGACUUUUGCAUUUUAUGAACUGUGAAACAAAACAUUUGUAUCCGAAUAAGAAAUAUAAUUAACUCUCAAAACUGAUCUAAUAAGUUCUUAGAGCAGAUUUCUGAGUCAGAUUUAAUGAACUCUAGAACUAAGAGUAGAUAAACGAAGAAUUAAAUAAUGUUAGGAUUAAAAUCGAGUUUCUGUUUAGCUCCAUAAUGUAACUCCAUAACCUGAGGAUUAGUCUUUAACUAAGUUUUGUUUCACACAUAAAAAUCGCUACCUUGGGCUUAAUUCAAUGUGAGGUAUGAAACCACAGAUUUUCAGUUUUGUUGGUUGGCAACAAUCCUAGAUGCAGAUUCCAUGGCAGGCUUUACAACUGAACUGUUAUUUACCUGAUUCGACCUUGUACUGACUUGCCUACCUACCCCAAUGGUGUUAGCAGUCAGUUUGUAGUGUCGUGAGAAUUGUACUGGUCAACCUCCAUAUUACCUAAUUGUUCAUAGUCUGCAACAAUACAAGUAUUUUAAUUCUUCCACUGCCAUUCCUUCUAAUAUGGGUGAGCAUACUCACAAAAGUAAGUAUAUCAACCGAUCCAAGAAAAAAUAUUGUCUGAAAACAAAAUGUAAUUCUCAGUAUUAUAUCAGACUAGCAGUAACCCCUUCCACACACAAUUUCAUUUUGACA